CUCAGCUGUGCGGUAAACAGCGGCGGCGAGCGGCUGCGGACUGAUGCCGAACCCAUCGCGGGUACGGACGGACAGCAUCAGGAGGCGACAUGCCAGCUCCUGCUCAUCUCCCGCUCUUUAAUAAACGGCACCGAUGAAGCCUCCCCUGUUCGACCCACACCGGACCGAUGGGCGGAUAGAGGAGAGCGAGAAUGUACUGGCGCGUCGGGUUCGCCUGGAGCCGCUCCUGCGUGCUUAAUCUGGGUUGGAACAAGAGCUUCUCCCUCGGCUCGUGCGGCUCCGAGGAGCAUCUGUCGUUGUAUGGGUACAUCAUCGCAUACCCGCUGCAAGAGUACGGAGGGAUCAUGUCAGCGUUAGCAUCCGACGCCUGGUGGAGGAAAACACUCUACAUAACCGGGGGCGCGCUGCUCGCCGCCGCUGCCUAUCUACUACACGAGCUGCUCAUCAUCAGAAAGGAACAGGAGUUGGACUCUAAAGAUGCCAUCAUUCUGCAUCAGUUUGCCAGGCCCAAAACUGGAGUCCCUAGCCUGUCCCCCUUCUGCCUGAAGAUAGAAACAUACCUGCGGAUGGCAGACCUGCCCUACCAGAACUAUUUUGAUGGGAAGUUGUCCCCUCAAGGGAAGAUGCCUUGGAUUGCUUAUAAUCAGAAGCAGGUGUUUGGGACAGAGUUCAUUAUCGACUUCCUGGAGGAGAAGCUCGGUGUGAACCUCAACUCCAGCCUGAGUCCUCAGGAGAAAGCCAUCUCACGUGCCAUCACCAAAAUGGUGGAGGAACAUUUAUACUGGACGAUAGCUUACUGUCAGUGGGUUGACAACGUGGAGGAGACGCAGAAGAUGUUAGCCACAAACGGGCCGCUGAGUGACGUGCUGAGGUGGAUUCUGAGUCAGGUGAACAGCGGCAUCGUAAAAAGAGAAAUGUACGGGCACGGGAUCGGACGCUUCUCGAAAGAGGAGGUUUAUAGCCUGAUGGAGAAAGACAUGCGCACUCUCGCCACACUCCUCGGCAGUAAAAAGUACCUAAUGGGCCCCAAGUUUUCUACAGUAGAUGCUGCUGUUUUUGGUCAUCUCGCUCAGGCCAUGUGGACUCUCCCUGGAACACGUCCAGAACAGCUGAUCAAAGGAGAGUUUAUAAAUCUUGCCAUGUACUGCGAGAGAAUCCGCCGGAGAUUCUGGCCAGAGUGGUUUGUGGAUGCCGAUGAUCUUUACUACGAUGGACUGAGCGAGGAGCCGGAUUCUCCUUCCCAACUUCCAGAUUUGGGUCUGUACUCUAACAGUGACAGCUUUCAGGAACAAGAAAGCUCUCUGUCACACAACGGCAGACAGACUCCAGACAGCGACAUCACCGGACGAUCCCUGUUUGAUUCUGAUAUGGACACCGAAUGCUCGGAAAUGGAGCAGCUGAAGUGUUAACCACACCCCCCUUUAUGAUGCAUCUGCACGGGCCCCGCCCCUUUGUUCUCCCUCAAGCCCCUUAGAAGUGGAAGGGGUGGUCAAAUGAAGAUGUUGCCAUGGUUUCCCCAGACUCUAAGCGAGAGAUGGCAAUAAAGCAGAGAGUGAAGUUAUUGAAAGAGAGGAUUUUCUUAAACUAUCACAAGAAAACAAAAGUGGUAACUAGGCCGGAGAGAAUCUCAAUUAAAUCAAACAGAAAACUAAUAAAAGAGAGAAUGAAAAGGAGUAAAUGAUGCCUUGGCUGACUCACUCCUCCCACAGUGUGACUCAAAAUCAGCUGAAUUACAUCACCAUGUGUGUCCUCUUUACAUUCUCCAUGCGUGUUUGUUGCUAAACAAUGAGUGUGUUUACAUGCACAAUCCUACAUAGAUUAUGCUUAAAUAAGCCAAUGAUGUGUAAACAGGUUUCCUGUAUUGGUGUAAGGUCAUAAACAGUUUAAUCGAGAAGCAAUCGGCGUCUGUAUAUUUUUGCCAUUUACCCCAAUUUCGCAAGAAGGAAGGAGCUGCAGGCCGUGCUCUAAAAAGGGGCGCAAGCUCCAAACCGCCAGCAAAGAUUUUAGAGAGCCACUAACCUAACCCUUUUCCUAACCUUAACCCAACCUGUCCCGAUGCCCUUCUGGAGUAACCCCGCCCCUUUCUGGGGUUACCCCACCCUCUUUUGAAGAUUCCUUCCUCAUUUGUAGAUCUCCAGGUCACAGCUAUACCUACUUGGAUUUGGCAUUGCAUGUAAACACCUUUUUCUAGCAUCAAUAGCAGAGAUUUACCCUAUGAUUUCAAAUCUCAAGUAAACACAUUAAAUUCUCAUUGUUCUGAGGUCCUAAUCAAACAAACAAAACUUUAAAGAAAACGCAAUUGUGCAGUUCAGAUUUUCAAUCUGUUUUUAUUGCAGUCACACAGCCCCAUUAAAUGGUCUGCACGUAUAUAGCGCCUUUUUAACCCAUUCACACACCAAUGACGGCAGAGCUGCCAUUGGGAGCAACUUGGGGUUCAGUGUUUUGCACACCGGCAUGUGGAGUCGUGUGAGCCGUUAAUCGAACCACCAACCCUGCGAUUAGUGGACAACCUGCUCUACCACAUGAGCCACAGCCCCCCUAAUUAUAGACAUUUGUAUGUGUGUGUGUGCAGCUGAAUGUAUAUGUAAAAAGAUAUCACUUGUGUUUGUCAAACAGCAAACACUUGAGAUGCAAGAGCGCCCCCCUCUGCAUAGCUACAGUACCUUCAACAACAUGCAUUAUGACAAAGAACACUACACUAGAAUAGACCAGCACGCCUUGAAAUCAAACCUGCUUACAAAAUUGCAGCUAUCACAGAGAGGAAGGACAUAACACAAUACAGAGGGAGAGAGAUAUGUGUGUGUGUGUCUGUGUGUGUGUGUGUCCAUCUGCUGCAUGAGUGAGUCACCGAGUCAUCGUCACACAUGAAUACACUGCAGAAAUGCUCUUGCAGGGAGUGAUCUGAUCUCCCAGGGGUUCAUACACAACAAAUGACACAUGCAAGUCUUCUGUUUUUUCUCUUCUGUAGUGAGAUAUAAUCAGUAUCUUGCUGUGCAAAGCAAACACGCAUCCUAUCUUGAACAAGAAAUGCCCUUGCAUUUUUUUUUUUAAAUGUUGAAUGGAUUCAAGAUGGUGUAUACACAAAUCUCUUAUUAGAAAAAAGUGUCUCGCUAUUUUCACAUCCUUCAAUUUGUGCUGGUGUUGGUUCUAUAACAACAAAAUUUGCCAAGAUUAUUAAGAAAUGCAUUGGAGGAAACAUUUGUAUACACAUUCUGCAUUAUGGACGUCAUUUCUACCUGAGGUGCUUUCUUAACAAAAUGCUCUGGUUUAAAUUUCUGCAUGCCAUUAAUUGAUACACAGUGCCAAAUAAGUGUCACCAUAGAGACAGUCUUUAAAAAGGCAUACAAGUUGGUAGCAGUUCUGAGCGAAACCUUAUCUUCAGUCAAUACACACUUUUCAAACUGUAUACAUUGUCAGUUAUUUGUGUUUUUUUAUGGUUUAGGACUGUGCCUUUUAUAUUGAACUAUGGUUUUAUUUUUGUUAUUAUUAUUACUAAUUAUUAUUACUUAUAAUUUGUGUAUUUGUUUAGCCUAUAUAUCUUUUGAAAGUAUCACAAAGGAUUUCUUCUUGACUUUUUAUGAGUUUUAUAUUUUUUCCUUAAUAUUUAUACUUGUGUUUUAAAUCAGGGUUUUAGUUACAAAGAGGAUUUGCUCAGAGAACUGUAUGUUUGAAUGCAGAAUCACGAUAUGUUGUUUGCUCAGUUGUGCUAAAGUGAAUUUUUGCUGAUAUCUGUGAAAGACAUACCUGAAACAUUAGAAGAACAUUAACAGUCUUCAAAAACACAAACCUUAUACGCAAAUAGAAAGCUGCUAAUGAAUUUCUAAUGGUUCCUUGUUAAAUUUCCCACUCUAGCCAAACAAGUGUGUCCGCUUUAACAUGAAUACAAUGACAAGCCAACAUGAUUUCAUGAAGAUUGGCCUCUUAAGACAAAAGAACCCACUCAUAUGCCCAAUGAAAUGGAUCUAUGGCAACCAAAAGAGGGAGUUAUGUUAAAGUCAAAAUGAAAAUGAUGGAGAGACAAAAGAUCAAGUUCAAAUUAAACUCGUAUGUGUUUUCUCACAGAUGUCAUGUGUGUGCUGAUUGUAGAGCCAUACUGCAGAAUCAAUGUUGUGUGUAUCAGACCCUGGUGGAUUUAAGGAUUUAUUAUGAACUGUACAAAAUAUUGAGGAGGGAGGGGUUGCGUACAUGAUCACUGUAACAUAAUGAACUAAAAUCGUCUGGCAAAUGUAAAAGUACUUGAAAUAUUUCAUGAAAUAUAGCUGUAAUAAUUUA